AUGAAGGUUCUGCUGCUAGCUCUUGUGCUUGCUUCGAUUUGUUCUAGAAACAGGUCCAACGGACAACUCAAUGCAACCCAGAUAUCAGGUGACUGGCAUACCAUUGCCAUAGCUGCAACAGAUAUUGACCUAAUCACCGAUGAUGGAAUGCUGAAACUCUUUUUCCGUCACUUUGAGUGUACUGAACAGUGCCUGGAGAUCAUACUGACAUUCUACGGCGAGGUAGAUGAAGAGUGUGAAAAGUUUGAAGUCAAAGCACAGAGAAGGUACUCAAAUACUUUCUCUUUUAUCUGGAAAGGAGACAGUGUGAGUGGAGAAGAGCAACAGAAAUUUACAGAUAAGUAUGAUGAGAUGCUUAUUCCAAAGGAGAAUAUCAGAUACCUGCUCGAGAAAGAUUAUUAUGAGAUACAGAAUAUUUGCAGUAGUAACUUCUCGAUGGCAAUCGAUUCACCUGUAUGA